UCCAAUUCAUCUACCAUCUCUCUACUCUACUCUAUCAGCCAAACCAGACGGUCGUACGCUAUAUUGCUCUCCCCAUUUCCAUCUCCUCUUCGCGGACGCAGUCUACACUACGCCGUUCAUCUAACGUCCUGAGCAGUGAAUAGAUCAAGGUUAGAGAGUUAGAGGGUGUUGUUGAGUUCAAAACAUGGUGGCUGACAAUGUGGACAUGGAAGUGGGAACUCUGGAUAUUGGCAUGGAAUAUAGAACAGUUUCAGGAGUUGCCGGCCCAUUGGUUAUCCUUGAUAAAGUGAAGGGACCCAAGUAUGAAGAGAUUGUUAAUAUUCGUUUAGGAGAUGGAUCUACCCGACGUGGACAAGUUCUGGAAGUUGAUGGAGAGAGAGCUGUUGUUCAGGUUUUUGAGGGAACUUCUGGAAUUGACAACAAAUUUACAAGAGUGCAGUUUACUGGGGAGGUUUUGCAAACUCCUGUCUCUUUGGACAUGCUUGGUCGCAUUUUUAAUGGUUCCGGUAAACCAAUUGACAAUGGUCCUCCUAUCCUUCCCGAGGCUUACAGGGAUAUUUCUGGGAGUUCGAUAAAUCCUAGUGAGAGAACCUAUCCUGAAGAAAUGAUUCAAACGGGAAUUUCAACGAUAGAUGUCAUGAAUUCAAUUGCCAGAGGACAGAAAAUCCCUCUCUUUUCUGCAGCUGGUCUUCGUCAUAAUGAAAUUGCUGCGCAAAUUUGUCGCCAGGCUGGUUUGGUAAAGCGGCUUGAGAAAUCUGAUAAUCUACUAGAAGGUGGUGAAGAAGACGAUUUUGCCAUUGUCUUUGCUGCUAUGGGAGUUAACAUGGAGACAGCUCAGUUUUUUAAACGUGAUUUUGAAGAAAAUGGUUCAAUGGAGAGAGUGACCCUUUUCUUGAAUUUGGCUAAUGAUCCGACUAUUGAACGUAUCAUUACUCCUAAGAUUGCUCUUACAACUGCAGAAUACUUGGCAUACGAGUGUGGGAAGCAUGUUCUUGUGAUAUUGACAGAUAUGAGUUCAUAUGCCGAUGCUCUUCGAGAGGUAUCUGCUGCUCGAGAAGAAGUGCCCGGAAGACGUGGAUAUCCCGGUUAUAUGUAUACUGAUCUGGCGAGAAUCUAUGAGCGAGCUGGUCGAAUUGCAGGAAAAAAAGGCUCCAUCACACAGAUUCCUAUUCUGACUAUGCCUAAUGAUGAUAUUACCCAUCCCACUCCUGAUUUGACGGGUUAUAUCACUGAAGGGCAAAUAUACAUCGAUAGACAACUUCAAAACCGGCAGAUAUACCCACCAAUCAAUGUGCUUCCAUCUUUGUCUCGUUUAAUGAAGAGUGCUAUUGGGGAGGGUAUGACUCGAAGGGACCAUUCGGAUGUUUCAAACCAGUUGUAUGCAAACUAUGCCAUUGGGAAGGAUGUGCAAGCAAUGAAAGCUGUGGUUGGAGAGGAAGCUCUUUCUUCUGAAGACCUGCUAUACCUAGAAUUUCUUGACAAAUUUGAGAGGAAGUUUGUGGCCCAAGGAGCAUAUGAUACUCGCAACAUCUUCCAGUCACUGGAUUUGGCAUGGACGCUUCUCCGAAUCUUCCCCCGUGAACUUCUAAACCGUAUCCCAGGGAAGACCCUUGAUCAGUUUUACAGCAGGGAUGCAACAAGUUGAGAUGUGCGAGAAGCUCUACAUGUUGGUAUGAGUGGGCUUGACGAUGAUUGUCAUAAUAUGUUUGUUUUCUAAUAAUGCCACUUCAUGUCACUAGGUUCCAUACCUCCACCUCCUAGUUUUCAGCAUAAUCAUCCAAGAAUAAACGUCCGAAAAUCGCACUCUGGGAUUUAAGUGAUUCUUUCAAUGAUCUGUAGUUUGUGUUGUGUUUUAUCCCCCCUCUUAGUUUGUGACAUGACAGGUUUUCCGUAUGUAAUACAGUAUUUCUCAAGGAGGGACAUGUGAACAAGGGAGCUGCCCUUUGUUUGGCGUAUUUUUUGUAAUUAUUUCGACAACAAUUUCUUCUUCAGAUUUGUAAUAAAUGACCCCCCUCGAAGGCUCGAACACCUUCAUUUGAGCACAAUGUUCUUUACUUUGAAGUAUGGUUGGACUCGGGCCCAGUUCGGGCCUGGGCCCGGCUGGGCCUCGGGCCAGAAAAUUGGGGCCCGAGCCCGAACCGCCGGUGGCCGGUUCCGGUUCCGGGCCAAAUCGGGCCAGGCCGGGCCGGGCCAAACUGGCCCAUUUAUUUUUUGGUUCUCCUAUUAACCCCCUACCCCUACCCCUCAACCCCAAACCACCUCAAAUGGCCCAAAAUACCUAAUCCAACCCAAAACUUAAAAAAAUUUCAAAAAAAAAAAAAAAAAUUAAAAUCCGGCCCGAACCGGCCGGGCCGGUUCGUCUAAAGCAGGGCCUGAGCCCGGACCGCCCAUCACCCGGGCCGGGCCAAACCGAACCGCUGGACCAACCGGGCCCCGGGCCGGGCCGGGCCAAACAGUAACCGGGCCGGGCCGGUUCCGGGUCGGGCCGCCCGGCCCGAGUCCACCCCUACUUUGAAGUGGUUUUAGCUUUAAGGAUUCCAUUAUUAUUUUUUAUUUACUUUUUUUGCUUUUAGCAACAUAUGGGGUGAUAGGGGGGAGGGUUCAUGAAAUUGGAAACUGAACUGCUAAGAAAAUUAAAGAACACAAAAAACUGAAACUGAACCCAACAAGUUGAACUAUAGUUUAAUAAUUUUAAGAGUCAAUUCCCUAAAUAGGACUAAAAAGUGGCAAAAUUGCACAAAUAGGACUACAUUUUUUAAAUUCCCUUAAUAGGAUUAUUUAUGUGUGUUUGGCCAAAUAUACCCUUGUAACUUGUGAAAUGUUUUAAUUAAUAAUAAAAUCAUACAAAAAUAAUAAAAAUCGAAAAAAAUACUAAAAAUCGUAAAAAGAUAAUAGAAAAUUAAUAAAAAUAUUUUUAAAAAAAAUUAAAA